GGUUUCUUUGAGAAAUUUUAAGAUGUUCGCAACAAAGUCAAAGUAUUACUUCCAUAUGAGGCUACAUCCCUGAGAGUAAAUAACUUGCUCACUGUCAGUAAAUGUCUGUAGUUUGGGGAAGUGAAACUUCGGAAAAAGCAGAAAUGAAGUAACAUCAUUUAAAUGUGAUCUACAGCCUCAUACGACCUCAUCUACAGCAGACGGAAAGAUGAAGCCGUUGGGCUGGUGCCUGCUGUUUGUUUAUGUCACAUGUUUCCACACGUCUCCCAUUCUGGCCAUUAAGAGGAUCAUAGUGAAUUACUCAUCUCAGAACCUGUCCUCGGUUCCCCCUGGCCUUAAACCAUCAACGGAGGACUUGGAUCUGUCGCUGAAUCACAUCCAGGCACUGAGCGCCAAAGACUUUAGCACAACACCACGACUCCACUUCCUCAAUCUGUCCUGGAAUAUACUGGAGAACAUAGACACGGAUGCAUUUAACUCUACGCCAGCUUUGGAGAUAUUGGAUCUGUCGCACAACAGACUCCAGAACCUCUCGAACCAACCGUACCUGCUUAAAACGGGACGUCUACAGCUCUUAGACUUGUCAUCCAACUUGUUUUCCAUCAUGGCGCUAGGAAGGGAAUUUUCGACCUUGAAACACCUGCAGUGGUUGGGCCUGAGUGCCAAAUCAAUCAGCAACCAAGACUUCACUUACAUUGCCAAUCUUACUCUGAAAACGCUCUUUAUUAAUGCAAACAGCCUACAGACGUAUCAGGAGAACAGUCUUACAGAAGUACGCUCCGAGAAAGCCAUCAUUGCCUUGUCCAAAAGCGACCUUGACAUUGCAAUCGCGGUUGAUGUUUUUGCGGCGUUUAAAGAAGUCGAAUUCACUUUGGUGGACAGCGAGAUGAAGGUCAUCCAGCAGAUACACCGUCGAGGAAUCCUACGCACCGUUAGCUUGGAAAUCUCCAAAGUAGAGACCACCUGGCAUGUUCUAACAAGCUGUGCAAACACAAUAUUGCAGUCUACAAUUCGACAGCUUUCUUUCUCAGACCUUACAAUGACAAAAAUGGAAAACGGUACGCUGUUGUCCACAAGCCGCAUGUUGGAUUCCUUUUCUACAACUAGAGCAUCCGUAACCGAAUUCAUCUUCAAUCAAAAAGAGCUCUAUGACUUCUUCAUAAACAUGCCUGCAAGAAACAUCAGUUUAACCCAAACGCCAAUCAUCUUCAUGACCUGUCCUUUGACUGUAAGUCAGAUCGAGGUGUUGGACUUGUCCGAUUGCGCCCUUACAGAAAACGUCUUUUCGGUUGAUCCGGAUACUGAAUGCAGUACAUUGACAAACCUAGUAAAGUUGGUUCUGAAGGGAAACAACUUGAAACUCCUUAGACCACUGACCUCAAGAAUCCAUCUCAUGGAUUCGCUUCAAUACAUCGACCUUGGUCAAAACACACUUACCUAUUCGGAGGAACAAGGCAAAUGCCUUUGGCCUCCCAAAGUUGUCCAACUAGAUUUGUCUUCGAAUGGAUUCGACCAGAGCGUCUUCAAGUGUUUGCCUGAUUCCAUACGGAUCCUAAACCUUCGGAAUAACCGAGUGACCGCAGUUCCUUCAGAACUUCAGGUUUUGGAUGACUUGAGGGUCCUUGACCUUAUGGACAACCGUCUUCUAGACCUUCCCACCUGCCAAGCGUUCCCAAAUCUGCAGAAGCUCUCUGUAAGAUCCAACUCAAUUCAUUCGCCUUUACCGGGAGCCCUCGAGACUUGUCCGCAUCUUGAAGAUCUGGACUUGAGUCGCAACUCCUUCAUCUGUACAUGUGCUUUGCGUGAAUUCACCACUCUCAUCAAAGACCGAGUGACACGACCAAGAGGAGAAACUCUUGGUUUGACUCUUGGCCACUGGCCGGAAGGAUACCGAUGCAGUUACCCAGAAUCCUGGAGCAACUCCUUACUAGAAGACUUCUACCUUCCUGAGAUCUCCUGCAAUGCUUGGAUCCUGGCUAUUACUAUUCUGAUCCCAACAAUCACUUUAAUAGUCGCCAUUAGCCUUCUAUGUAUUCGUCUGGAUGUGCCAUGGUACCUCAAGAUGAUCUGGAAAUGGACGCGAGCCAAGCACAACGCAAUUACUUCCCAAAGGAAAUCGGAAGACUUGGAGGGGUUGCGUUUCCAUGCAUUCGUAUCGUACAGCCAAAAGAACGCGGACUGGGUCAAAUCUCAAUUUCUUCCCAAGCUUGAAGGCGACUACGGCUUGCGAGUGUGUCACCACGAGCGUGACUUCAUCCCGGGAAAGACGAUCGUCCAGAACAUCCUCCUAUGCAUCGAGCAGAGCCGAAAGUGCGUCUUCGUGCUCUCCUCUCAUUUCGUCCAGAGCGAAUGGUGCCACUACGAACUCUACUUCGCCAAUCACCAGCGAGUGACCCGAGGGAUGGACAGCAUUAUUCUCAUUCUGCUGGAACCUCUGCCGUUGUAUCUCAUUCCCUCCAAGUACUACCAGCUCAAGGCUAUGAUGUCUAGGCGCACCUAUCUGGAGUGGCCACCGGAAGGAGCCAAGCAGAAACUCUUCUGGGCAAAUCUCAGAGCAGCUCUGCAGGCCAACCUUCCCAGUCCCCCAGAGAGAGAAGAAUAGUGAUUAGAGGAAUUUUGCUAAUCAUUUCAUUGAGAUUGUCAAGUAGAUACUCAUUUAAAACAGUGGUUCUCAGCCAGAGGGCAUCAGCAAACUUCCACAGGGGCUUUAAGAUGACUUAAAAUGAUAAGACAAAACAUGUCUAAAAUUAAGAUAUUUAUGGACCUGGAAAAUUGAGUUUUUUCAUUUCUUUAACGCAAUGCCAGCUUCAUGUGAGAAAAUUGUAUGAUAAAACUAUAUCAGGUUUUUAAAAUCUAUUAUUCAGAAAACUCCAUAACUAUAUUUAACUUUUUAAAAAUGUCUUGCUAGAAUAUGGAGAGAUUUCACAUGCUAAAUAAAUAAAUAAAUAAUGGAAUUAUUAAAUACAUCAUGGAAUGAUGCAAUAAUUAAAUGAAAAUACAAUUAAAAUGUAAGCAUAAAUAUUUUAUUUAGUUUAAGGCAGCACCUUGCAUCAUUUGUUUUCACCUUGCCUAUUUAUCCUUACAUUUCUUUGUACAUUUAUGUAUUUAUUGCAAAAUUCCAUGAUGCAAAUAAUAAUUUUAUCAUUUUAUUUAGUCUAAAAAUAUUUCCUAAGCUCUAAAACAUUUUAUUGGUAGAAAUUAUAUUAAAAAUCCUUAAUUCUUAUGCAACGAAUCACAAACAACUGAAAAAGGCAUGCAUAUUCAUUGCUUAAAAAGUCUGGGGACCCUGAAGAAAAUUCAGAAAUUUAAGGACUUGGAGUCAAAAAGGUUGAGAGCCACUGUUUUAAAGUUAUUAAUUACAAAGAUUGGUACCUAGCAUGCAAAAUUACCAAUCCUUGAAAUUAAUAACCAUAAGUGAGACAAAAGACAUCCUUAGAUUUACAGUGAAUAGAGGCCUUAAGGAAGACCCACGUUAGUGAUGGAUGAACUGAAACAGGAUAGAGAAUGACAAUUAAAUUCCAUAUACAACUAGAGAACAAAUGUUUUAUUUAUUAUGAGCUGCCAGCACAACAUUAUAUUACACGAUAACACAGUCUAGUUAGUUCAUGAAGCAUUUUACAACAAUACAAUGUGAACAUAUUGCAUUUGCUUUAACAAUGAAUUCUGCAUUUUACAGACAAAUAAUAAGAAAAUGCUGAAUAUUUUUGCAUGUUUGUUAAUUAAUACCUAAAAUAAAACCAUGACCUAAACGAGAUCUGCUUGAUGACCGGUGCAUUGCAACUCUAAACAUGUCUAAAGCUUCAUAUUUGAUGCAAAAAAGUUGAUACAUUUCACAAAUGUCUGAAAAGUAU